AUGGAUUAUAUAGAUUUGGAUGCUUCAAACAAUAUACUUAGAAAAAGUUUAAGAAAUCUUCAAUAUGAAAAUCCACUAGCAAGAAAAAAAUCAAAUCGAUUUAAAGAAUUCUUUUCAAUGAAACUCUUAAAAACGAUAUUUUUGGUUUUUAUGAUAUCAAAUCUUGGAUAUAGUUCUUUUUUUUCAUAUACCUCACCAGAAGCUUUGUCUCAUACUUUUUAUAAUGUCUAUUCAUUAUCUUCAAGACAGUUUAGUAGCUUAUUUACAUUAUACGCAGUCCCAAAUAUAGUAAUGGUAUUUUUAAGUGGUAUAGUGGUCGAUAUACUGGGUCCCGAUAGAGUUAGCAUCGUUUUAAGUGCUUUUGUAGUAUUAUCAACAUUGAUUGGAGCAUUGUCACCACCAAAUUAUGGUAUAAUGUUAUUCUCAAGAUUCUUAUUGGGCUUUGCAGGUGAAUCUCUAAUUGCUUGUAGUAAUACAAUGAUGUCCAAAUGGUUUUCUUCAAAAACUUUAUCUUUGGGAAUGGGUGUAUUGGUUGGAUGGAUUUAUUCAGCAAAUUUUAUUAGUUUAGUAGCCUUACCAGCUAUUAAUAAAGCAUAUGGUUUCAAUGUCUGUCUAUGGGUGAUAUUUUUUGUUUCAGUAUUUGGAAUUGUAUUAAAUGCCGUCUAUUUGGUAUUAAAAAAGCGUUUCAGUGAUAAAAUAAAUCAACAGCUACAUCUACAACAACAGCAAAAAUAUAACAAUCAGUAUGAUGAAGAUAGCGGUAUAAUUUUAAUAACCGAUUUAAAUAAUGAUUUGGAAAGUAUAGGAAAUAUAAAUUCAAAUUAUAAAGGACUUCACAGCUUCAAACUAAAAUUCAGGGAAUCGACUAGAAAAGUAGUAUCAAUUUUUAAAGAGAUUCCAAUUAGAAUGUGGAUUAUUGUUGGUAUUGUCUUCUUUGGGUAUACAGCAUUAUUUGGAUUAGCUAUUAUCGGACCAGAUUUUUUAAACCAAAAGUAUGGAUACAACGAACAAAAAGCAGCUUUAAUAUUAUCAAGUGAACAUGUUUGCAGUGCUUUAUUCUCCCCAAUAUGUGGUGUUUUUAUCAAAAAAGUAUCAAAAAGAAUUGCUGUACUAUUACUAUCUUUAAUAUUGUUUGGAGUUGGUUUGACUUUGUUGUUGGUCACCAAUGUAUUCCCACUCCCAUGGAUUAUUAUUUGUGGUAUAGGAUAUUCAAUUUUAAAUACAACUAUUAUUUCAUCUCUACCUUUAUUUGUACCAGACUCAGUUAUUGGAACCUGUUAUGGGUUUGUAGGAACAGCUUAUAAUUGUGGUCUUGUAGUAUUUCCUGUAUUAUUAGGUGCUUUAAAAGAAUCCACCGGCAACUAUAAUUUAUCAGUUGGAGUUUUAAUUGCAAAUAGUUUUAUUGCCGCUUUAUUGGUGGGUUUAUUAAAAUAUUUUGAUUUAAAAUCAAAACCAAAUGAAAGAUUAGAUAAAUUAUAAUAAAAAAAAAAGAAAAAAAAAAAUACUUUAAUAAAGUACUAAUAAUUUAUUUU